AUUACAGUUCUGUCUAUUUUAAUUUUUAAGAGUUUCGUUGGACACACACUUUCUCACAAGCACUUCUGUAUUGGGCUAAUGCACCAGACUGAAUCACCUAGUUUGAUGCUACGACGAUUUACUGUGGAGUCAGGAUUCAAGCUCGAAUAUGUACGUGACAGUAUGGUUAAAGUGACUGUGUGACACAAGACGAAAUAAUGACGAAGAUCAGGCAGUUUCAAGUUACUCUGGCGUGCACUCUAGGAAACUUCUUAAUGGGUCUUCUAUUCGUAUGGCCUUCAUAUACCCUUAAUCUGUACACGUCAAAGAAUACAACACUACUAUCAAAACCCAUGACUGAAAUUGAAGGUUCAUUGUUAGGGUCGCUGCCAGCUUUAGGAGCGUUGUUUGGUACUGUGUUCAGCGGAAUUAUUAUCAAUGGUUUUGGGAGAAAAAUAGGAGGUAUAGCAAUUGCCAUGCCAUACAUUGUAUCAUGGCUAAUGAUAGAUAUGAGCUCGUCAUCCACUGUCGUGCUGAUAGCGAGGUUCCUCGGUGGAAUUUCGUGCGGUGCUUGUCUUGUUCAUGCUCCUAUCUUCAUUUCUGAAGUUGCUGAUGAAUCAGUGCGUGGAUUCUUAGCGAGCGCUACCACCUUCUCCUACUGUUUUGGAGUGCUGAUAUCAUACAUUUUCGGAUGGGUACUCACAUUCAGAUAUAUUGUGUGGAUGAACAUUCUAUUUUGUAUUUUAUACGUGGCCUUAUUACUGUCAAUCAUGGAGAGUCCUGUGUUCUUGUUGAAGAAACGAGGACCAGAGGCAGCUCGUGAAUCAAUCGCCUAUUACAAAGGCUUGUCUUCCAGUUCAAACGAAGUCACAGAUGCACUGGCGAGGCUUAAACAAGAAAUAAUUCCUGCUGUGGAACUUAUUAAUAUAUGUGGUAAGAUUGUAAGUUGUAACAUUACGGAAUAUUAACAAAUUUUGACAAGCCGAAAUUC